AUGAAAGCACUAAUUUAUGACACUCCUGUUGACACUGCUGAGGAGCUCGUUGCAAGAAUCGCAGUAGCUGCCGAAGCGAUUCGAGAUAUGCCUGGAGUAUUCCAGAAUGUUCGGAUGUCCAUGCGUCGGAGAUCAAAACCUUGCAUCGAUACUGGAGCUCCGUUGACCUAUUCGCAUUUGUACUAUAGACCGAAGAAAUUGCAGCUGGAGUUAGAGCGUUUCUGCACCAUUCAGAGGCAUAAUAAAUAUCUCUUGGAAAGAGUUGCAAGAAUUCAAAGAGAAGGAGCCUGGGUUGACAACAAAAAUUACCAUGAAAUUAAAAGCCUGAACAUCUGGAAACGACAGAAAGAAAUGAUAGAACUUGCGUAUAACAAUCAGACGAUGCUUAAUCGGUUACUCGAUUGCACUACGUAUUACAAUAGAAGUAAACUGGAGGACCAAUAUCUGUUAAAUCAGAAGUACAAAUCAAAUAUUCAAAAAUUUCCUAAAGACUGGAGACACAUCUUGCAACAAAUCAAAUUAUUACAAAAAAUCAUCAAGAGAAAAGUCAUAAGAGAACGAACUGGAAAAUACAAACCUGGCCUGGAACGGAAAAAGAAUAAGUGGGCGCUUGAAAAAGAAGCAUUCGAAAUUGUAAAGGCGCAGGAGGCUGCUGAAAAGGCUAAGGACACAGAAGAAAAAAAGCGCUUGGAUCUAGAAAAACGUUUAGAGGCAGCGGAAAAGCUCAGGAAACACAAGAAAGAUUACUUAGAAGCAUCUAAGAAGUGGCGAGAAGCACGAGAAGAGAGACUGCGCCAGGCUAAGCAGCAUGAGCAGGAAGCAAAAGAGCGGGAAUCUGAAGGAAGAUACGUAGCUUCUGAAAAGUUGCGUCAACGCAGAGAGAAAGCAAAGCGGGAACUUGAAUUGAGGCGGCAAAUGAAGGCAAGAGAAGCAGAACUUGAAGCAUUGGAAAAGAAAAAGCGCGAAUUUAAAGAAAGCCAACGAGAAUCAGAAAAGUUGCGUCAGCGCAAAGAAAAGGCUAAAAAGGAACUUGAAGAAUGGAAAAAUCAAAAGAAAGCUAGAGAAGCUGAGCGCGAAGCGUUGGAAAAGAAGGAAAAGGAACUUAUAUCUAGAACUACACGCCGUAAGCUUUUAGGACAAAGAAAAACUCGGCAACCGAUAUCAGGCAUGAAGAAACCUGGAUCAAAAGAAGACAAAGAUCAUCAUUUGCGCAAUGAAAUUGGUAAAAGAAGUAGAGAUAUCCGCCAAUCAAUCGAUGAUAAACGUCGCCAGGCUUUAGAAAGAAAAAUGAAAGGAACAGAUUCAGACAGUUAUGAUUUGACAGACGAUGACACACUACAAGUCCCAGAAGCUCGUGAAAAAGGAAUAAUUGAAGAAAUUAUGGAAGAACUAAAGUCUGAAACAGAAAGGCAUGAGCUGACUGACAGGGAUUCCAGUCAAACAUCUGAUACUCGAUUAGAUAAAGCUGAAAAAAGUAGGGAAAUGAGCGAUAACAAUGGCGAAGAAUCGAAAGAGAAAAAAGAUGACAAGAAAGAUGAAGAGGAGGCAGAUGAUGCAAAUAGCAACGAAACAGGAGGUAAAAAAAGAGUUGAUGAUAAAAAAUCAUCAAAAGAUGAUAAAGGAUCGCUGGUAAAAGACGAGGAGAAACCAGAGGCUCUCUCUGAUGAGGAAAGAGAAGAGGAUUUAGGAAAAGCCCAUAUUAUAACAGAAGAAGGUGAAGUGGAAGAAAUGCAUUUGGGAGUACUGAAAGCUGAGAGUGAGAGAGAAGCUCUUCAUGACUUAGCGGAUGAAGAUGAAAAUGUUCCAAAAGACUUAGGAACUGCUCAUAUUGUAACUGAUGAAGGUAAACCUGAAAAAGUACAGCUCGUAGAAGUGAAAGAUGAAAGUGAGGCAGACGCACUUCGUGAUCCGACUGACCUUGAACCAUCUCAAGAGACAGCAGAAGAUGUCAAAGCAUUAGGAUCAGCUUAUACCUUAACAGAUAAAGGAACGCUCGAAGAGAUCGAUUUAGAAAAAUUGAAAGACGAAACUCAACAAGAAGACCUUGAAGAAGAAACUGAAGAGCAAGAAAAAGAAAAGGACGAGAAAGAAGAAAUUAAGCCCCAAGGGUCUAGUUCAAGAACAAUUCAUGUCUUUGGGGAGCGCGGCAGUGUGGAAGAAAUUAAAUUAAAGGAUGUAACAGAGAAAAAACCUCAGAAAAAACGGAAAGAAUAA